GAAAGUAAUCUCUAAUUAUUUUUCUCUGUUCCUAUGUGUGUGAAAAAUGGCGGAGCCCGUAAGCUCAGUCAGUUGUUCGAUCUGUUUAGAUCUACUGAAGGAUCCAGUAACUAUUCCCUGUGGACACAGCUACUGUAUGGUCUGUAUUAAGGACUGUUUGGAUCAGGAAGAUGUCAAGGGUAUCUACAGCUGCCCCCAGUGCAGACAGACCUUCAUACCAAGACCUGUUCUAAACAGGAACACCAUGUUUUCUGAAUUGAUGGAGAAUCUGAAGAAGACAAGACCCCAAGCUGCUCUUCCUGAUCAUUAUUAUGCUGGACCUGGAGAUGGGGAGUGUGAUUCCUGCACUGGGAGAAAACGCAAAGCUGUCAAGUCCUGUCUGGUGUGUCUGGCCUCUUUCUGUGGGACUCACCUCCAGCCUCACUAUGAAUCUCCAGUGUUUAAAAAGCACAAGUUGGUCCAAGCCUCCAAACAACUACAGGAGAAGAUCUGUUCUCAUCAUGACAAACUACUGGAGGUUUAUUGUCGUACUGAUCAGCAGUGCAUCUGUUUUCUUUGUAUGUUGGAUGAACAUAAAGGACAUGAUACAGUCUCAGCUGCAUCAGAAAGGACUGAGAAACAAAGACAGUUAGGGAAGAAACAUUUUGAAUCCCAGAAGAGAAUUGGGGAGAGAGAGAAGAAGAUUCAGGAGUUGAGACAGACUGUGGACUCUGUGAAGCACUCUGCACAGGCAGCAGUGGAGGACAGUGAGAGGAUCUUUACUGAGCUGAUCUGCUACAUUGAGAAAAGACGCUCUGAGUUGAAGGAGCUGAUCAGAGCUCAGGAGAAGACUAGAGUGAGUCAGGUUGAAGGACUCUUGGAACAACUGGAGCAGGAGGUUGCUGAGCUGAGGAGGAGAGAUGUUGAGUUGAAGCAGCUCUCACACACAGAGGAUGACAUCCAUUUCCUCCAGAGUUUCCAGUCUCUAUGUGUCUCUCCUGGAUCUGAGGUCUUACCCAGUAUCACUGUCUAUCCACACAUCUCCUUUGAGCAUGUCAAGAAAUCAGUCUCUGAACUGAAAGAUCAACUUCAAGAUAUAUGCAAGAAGAAAAUGGACAAGUUAUCUAAGAAUGAGACUACAGUUCAGAUUGGACCACCUGCUGAUCCCAAGACCAGAAAGGAUUUCUUACCAUAUUCCUGCCAGCUGACAUUGGAUCCCAAUACAACAAAUCAGAACCUGUGUCUGUCUGAGGAGAACAGAAUGGUGACAUGUAGUAAUGAGGUCCAGUCCUAUCCUGACCAUCCUGACAGAUUUACCUCCUAUAAACAGGUGUUGUGUAGAGAGGGUCUGUCUGGAGUCUGUUACUGGGAGGUAGAGUGGAGUGGGAAGUGGGUUGGUGUAGCUGUCUCAUAUAAAGAGAUCAGCAGGAAAGGAGGUGGUGAUGAGUGUUGGUUUGGUCUUAAUAAUCAGUCCUGCAUGUUAUCCUGCUCCUCAUCCAGAUGUUGUUUCUACCACAAUAAUACCAGGACUGAUAUCCCUGUCCCCUGCUCCUCCAGAGUAGGAGUGUAUCUGGACCACAGGGCAGGAACUCUGUCCUUCUACAGUAUCUCUGACACAAUGACCCUCCUCCACAGAGUCAAGACCACAUUCACUCAUCCACUCUAUCCUGGUUUCAGUGUUAAUAAUGGAAAGUCUGUAAAGAUACUGACACCUAUUCAGUGAUACAUCUAUCACUUUGCUGGUAUCAAUACAUUGUUAGCUUUACUAGGAGGCUUAUCGAUACAUUAUUCAUUAACUUUGGCUAAAGAAUGAUCUGCAAAUACAUCAUAGCGCCCAGUAUUAUUUAGUUGCUAAUUUGCAUAUACAGAGGUGUCAACAAACCAAGGGGGACAGGUUUGUUACUGAACAUGAACUUCAAUAGUGGUGGGAGUUGAUUGACAGGUAAAAUGGACCAAUACUUUUUUAGUUUAGUUUAGUUGACCUCUAGUACUCUUCUUAAUUAUUCUAAUUGAGGAGUUAUUCUUAGUGUGAUUACCUGAUUGUGUCCUACACGUUGAUAUAUGGAAUGUGUGUAUUUGGAUCAUUAUGAAGUGUUAUUUUUUUAUUAAAGAAAAUUAAUAAUUUAAAGGAAAAUGUUCCUUUUUGAUUUGAUACCACUGGGACUCUGGGACUCGUCCUAAGAUGCUGGUAGGGUGGGUGUACCACUAGGACUCAUUCUAAGAUGCUGGUAGGGUGGGUCUACCACUAGGACUCAUUCUAAGAUGCUGGUAGGGUGGGUCUACCACUGGGACUCAUUCUAAUAUACUGGUAGGGUGGGUCUACCACUGGGACUUGGAGUUCAGCAGUUUAACAGCUGCAGGAAAAAAUCUGUUCUUUAGCCUGCUGGCGCGGAAGUGGAGGCUUCUCUACUGCCUCCCAGAUAGGAGGAAGGGAAACAGUCUAUGGUUGGGGUGGGAGGGGCCCUGCUGAUGCUAUGGAACCCAAGGUUGGGGGUCAAAGUAUCCCCAUCCACUCAUAGGACGUGUACCAACCGGGUUUGCCGUUUGAAAAACCAACAAAGUAAUAUCAUAAGAGUCAUUGAAUUAAUUAUAGGUCUUUUUGUGUCCCAUAAGGGAAUUAUUCAAAAUGUUGGGAAAAUGUUAUGUAUGGUUUUCCACAGGUAAAUGUCUGCCUGUUGCCAAGACAUAGAGCAAUGAGAACAAAUUUCUAGCCAAGGAGAUUUGUUAAGUGUAUUCACGUAAAUGUGUCAAAGCUGGGGAGUUUUCUUACACAGAUCAGCCAUAAAAUUAUGACCACUGACAUGUGAAGUGAAUAACACUAAUAAUCUAAUUAUCAUGGCACCUAGCUGUGGGUGGGAUAUAUUAAGCAGUGAGUUACCAUUCAGUCAAAGUUAAUGUGUUAGAAGCAGGAAAAAUGGGCAAGCGUAAAGAUCUGAGCGACUUUGACAAGGGCCAAAUU